AAACCCUAGCCGCCGCCAGACCAUUCGUUUCUCGCGAGCCAUCGCUUCGGCAUCCGGAAGAAAUGGCCAAGUCGAAGAACCACACGGCGCACAACCAGUCGUUCAAGGCGCACAAGAACGGCAUUAAGAAACCCAAGCGCCACCGCCAGACCUCCACCAAGGGGAUGGACCCCAAGUUCCUGAGGAACCUGAGGUAUUCUAGGAAGGGCAACAAAAAGAGUGGUGAGGCUGAAGCUGAGGAGUAGGAAGGAAAGCAUGGCUUUGUUUCCUCUGUUUUUAGCUCAGUUCCACCUUUAGGACCUGGGGUUUUGCUAAAGAUGGAACUUAAGUUGGUGUUACUGUAUGAUGGCAAGGACCUUUUGCUGCCGAAGGUUAUGUUUUGAAGUUCAUGCUACCUUUUAAAUUACGGAUUACCUUGUGCUAUGUUCAUUAUUUUUGCCUUUGGCAGCGAAAUUUGGAUUUCUAGACUGCGUCUGUUUUUAGACAAGUUGCGUUGCAGGGUAACCUUUUUGAGA